UCUCGUUCUUCUCGUCUUUCCCAGCAUGCCUUCCUUACACGUUCCGACUCUCAGAAUUCCUCGGUAGAAAAAUGGUCACUCACACAAGUGAUGUUGUUGUGGAACUCCCUCACCGAGCGAAUCAUGUUCGCCGCGUCCGUUUUUCAAGAAAACCGCGGACCCAUCCCUGAUGAUUUGCAGAUGGUUGCUUGCGCGGGCAGGUCAAAGCCCCGAAAAACCCUGCAAGGCCGAGAAGUCCACAUUCCAGUACUUAAAGAUAGACACAGUCGAGACGUCUUUGGAACACAAUCAUCAUGUCCCGCUCACCAAGUCUCCAACGGCACGAGGAGGACGUCCAGUCCAAACCGGCGUCUGACUCUAAUACUCGCCCCGAAUCCGACGAAAAACCCAUUGGCGCGGUUUCGCAAGCUCAGCUAGUACUUCCAGAUGGUGGAUUGCAGGCAUGGUGCACUGUACUUGGAGGUUUUUUGAUUCAGUUUUGCUGUGGCGGCUACUCUAUUUCAUUUGGUGUAUACCAAGAUUUCUACGUUCGUGAAUACCUCACGAACUCGAACCCCUCGGCAAUCUCUUGGAUCGGAAGCUUGAAUGCUUGUUUGCUCAUAUCGGGCGGAGUCGUUGCUGGGCGAUUGUACGACCGUGGAUACUUUUAUUGGCUCCUCUAUGGAGGUUCUUUCUUGACCAUAUUCUCCCUCUUUAUGCUCUCGCUAGCUAAGCCGAACCAGUACUAUCAGAUAUUCUUAAGUCAAGGCAUCGGUGCUGGCCUGGGUGGUGGACUCACAUAUAUCCCCAGCGUUGCCAUUACUGCUCAGUAUUUCUCCAAGAAACGCGCUCUGGCCAUGGCGCUUAUUACCGCCGGAGGUUCUGUUGGAACGAUUGUUCAUCCAAUCAUGCUGAACAACACACUCGGCAGGUUAGGGUUUGGGAACGCGGUUCGCGCCAGUGCCGGUUUGGUGGCAGGGCUACUCGUCAUUGCUUGUUGCCUUAUGAGGACGCGGACGACGACCCGAAAGCAACCUGCUGGAAACUCAAAGGCCAUGUUGAAGGCGAUCACCACCGAUUACGCAUAUGUUGCCGCAACUGCUGGAUUGAUGCUUUUCUCUAUCGGGCUGUACUUCCCGCAAUUCUACAUCCAACUUGAUGCAACGAAACACGGCCUCAACAAAACAUUCGUUUUUUACUCGCUUGUCAUCUUGAAUUUUGCCAAUCUCCUGGGGCGUCGCCCCAUUCCCAGCUUACUAGCAAACAUCCUAGGAGUGGAGAAUAUGGUCACGGCUUCAGCUUUUGCAUGCGCUGCAGUCAUUCUCGGGAUGAUAGGUCUUAGCAGUAUCGCAAGCGUCGUUCUCAUCGCGCUUGUAUAUGGAUUUGUGUCCGGGGCCUUCAUUUCACUGUCAAACCCCUUACUGGUUUUACUCACAAGCAACAUGUCAGAACUUGGGCUGCGGAUGGGUAUCGCCUAUUUCUUUUCUGGUAUCGCGGGUCUUAUCGGUACGCCAAUCGGAGGGGCGUUGCUUACUAAGGAGUUCAUUUGGUGGAGGCCUGCUCUUUUCAGUGGGUUGACAUGUCUCGUUGGAGGCGCGUUUUACGUUGUCAUGCUUGUGAUAUUGAGGCGAAGGAAGUUGAAAGGUGGCGAAAGUCACGCACCGUAGCGAAAGUUUAGUCGCAUUGUUUGCAGCCAUAGUUGUCGAGUGCUCAAGAGUUCAUACUGGUGUGCCUUCAAUACGGUCAGGACAGUUUGUCGC